UCCCAAUCUAGCAGCAGCACAAAGAUAUCCUCACUGAAGCUGGAAUCGACUUCAAUAAUAUUGAGAAGACCAGAAAGCACCUUCACAAGCAUGCAGAAGGAGGAUUCAAAGAGUUCAAGACCAAAGAGACGAUUCUCAAGUACUUUAUAGAUAUCUCCAAGGAAGAUAUCAGAGAAUAUGCUACCACUGGGUUUACCAUCGACAUCAUAGGCACUGCUCCUCCCACUGACGACGGCGAGUGCAAUGUCAUUGCCCUCAGAGCUGACAUGGACGGCCUGCCCAUGAAGGAAGAAACUGGAGUUGAGUAAGCUUCAAUAACAGAGCAUGCCCACAUGUGUGGCCAUGAUGGUCAUAUAGUAAUGCUAAUAGCAUCAGGGAUAUACCUGAAGAAGAAUCAAGACAAGAUUCCAUCGAAUAAGACCGUGAUGCUGUUGUUCCAACCGGAUGAGGAAGGACUUGGGGGAGCUGAUAUUAUGGUAAAGGAAGGGUGCCUUGAAGGAGUUGAUGAAAUCUAUGGAUAUCAUCAAGUUCCCCUUGGCCAAGAAAGUACUAUAUCUAUUAAAUCUGGUGCUUUGAUGGCUGGAAGAGAUAAUGUAUUUAUUCAAAUUGAAGGUUUAGGAGGUCAUGGAUCUGGACCCGCUAAUGCUAUUGAUCCUAUCACUGCAGCUUGUCACCUCCACAAUGCCUUCCACACGAUCAAGUCUCGAAACACCUUCAAUACGGAUGUGGCUGCAUUCACGAUUUGUGAACUUAAUUCAGGAACAACCUUUAAUGUUAUCCCAAGAACAGCAGAGAUGAAAGGAACUAUUAGAUAUUAUGACGAAGACGUCAGAAAGAAAAUUGUAGAAAGAAUCAGAACACUCUCUCAAGAAAUCUGUGAAGGCAUCAACUGCAAGUCUGAAGCGACCAUUGGUCCUAGCUACCCAGAGGUUAUCAAUAGUGAGAAACAAACUAAUAUUGUUCUCGAGGCUGCUGGAAAGGAACUAGGAGAAUCUUCUAUAAAUACUAAAGAUCAUUUGCCUAUGUUUGCAAAUGAAGAUUUCUCAUUUUAUCUUCAGAAUAUUCUUGGUGGGUUCAUUUUCUAUAGCUGUAAACCCAGGAGAAGAGCCAGUGUCUUUACACUCACCUUAUGUAGAUUUCAACGAUAACAUAACUGCAGCAGGCAUCUACAUGAAUUUGAAAAUCUUGGAGCACAGACUUGGCAUAUCCUUAUUGUAGGUAUUCGAAUAAACUAAGCCAUUAUCCAAGUUUGUAUCACUAAUUCCUC